GUCUACAAACGAUCGUGAAUUGACACAUUUUAGGAAUUGGAAAAAAUCUGUCUUGUUUGUGGCCGGGGAUACAAACAAUCUAGGCAUAAUGUCUAUUAUGUCAUAUAACGGCUCGGCCGUUGUGGCCAUGAUAGGGAAAGACUGCGUUGGGAUCGCGUCAGAUCGACGGUUUGGAGUACAAGCUCAGACCGUCUCGAUGAACGCACAGAAAAUCUUUGAGAUGGGACCAAGGCUUUAUUUGGGAAUCUCUGGGCUAGCAACUGAUAUAACUACAGUAUCCAACAGAUUAAAGUUCCGUCUGAACCUCUACACAUUGCGCGAAAAUCGAGAUGUGAAGCCCGAGACAUUCAUGAGUAUGGUAUCAAAUCUGCUUUACGAGAGAAGGUUUGGGCCGUACUUCAUUGAACCAGUGAUCGCCGGUCUGGACCCCAAGACCUACAAGCCGUUCAUCUGCAAUCUCGAUCUGAUCGGGUGUCCCAUGUUCACAGAUGAUUUUGUAGUCGCAGGAACUUGUACAGAACAGCUCUAUGGCAUGUGUGAAUCUCUGUGGGUUCCAGAUCUUGAACCUGAUGAUUUAUUUGAGACCCUAUCACAAGGUCUUCUCAAUGCUGUCGAUAGGGACGCAUUAGCAGGAUGGGGAGUUGUAGUACAUAUAAUAGAGAAAGAUAAAGUGACGACACGAGAGGUUAAAGCCCGGAUGGACUAGCAUUCCCGUCUCUUUCUGUAUCUUCAUUUUCUAUUAUGUUUGUAUUAGUCUUAUGUACAUAGUAAUUCUUUUCAGUUUAUUCACUGGAGAAUGUGGUCCAUGACCUGCACUUUUGCUCAAACAUUUAUGCCAGUGUCAUCAGCGAAACUGACUGCAGGGCCCCUGUCUGACAAAUAGUUAUGAUCGAUCCGAUCAAUCACAACUAUGGAAAGCCAGCAACGCCAAUAUCUAAAAUGCAUAUGUCUGUUAAAAUAUUUUCUAAAGAUGAUGUCUAUUCAUACAUGCAUGAAUGUCUUGAAUGACAAUUCAGUAUGCUCUCCUUUGUUUACAAAGGGACAUUGUGCAGAUUUCCUGUAACAGAAAUGUAUGACAUUGAUGGAUUUCUAGAGUUGAGGUUGAUCGGAUCGAUCGUAACUCUUUGCAAGACGGGACCCAGAUUGAGCAAAGCUAUUACCUAGUACAUUGUUUCUUAUGGCAAUGUCACAUCGUGCCGUGCAAGCCUUUGCGGGUGAGAUGUGGGUGAUUGCCCGCAGCUCACCCACAACAAAGUUUUGAGCAUGUUCAAAAUUUUUCUGCAUGCAAAUCAGACUCCUGCGGGCAACUGCGUGCGAGAUACUGUCAAUGCGGGCGACUCGCGGGUCACAAAAAUAGUUGUCCAUAAGUCACACGCAAGGCUUGCACGGAACGAUGUGACAAGGCCUCAGUAACACACCAUCGGUCGGUUUGGAGUCUGUUUCGUUGGUGCGACUGUAACACUACAGUGUACCAAUCAUUGAAAAUGAUGAUAUUACAUUACAUGUAAUUGUUUCUAUUUAAUGUGCGAAGUAUGUGCUUCAUCUUGUGUCCCAGAUAAUGCAACAUGCAGUUUCAGAGUGAAACCCUCCCCCGUCCCAAGUCUGAUGUACAAACACUUCACUCCAGUUAAGUGGUCUGAAUAUGGAGCCUACAAUGACUUCUGAACAGAAGGCCCUCGGAAAUAGAAAGUUUUAUAAUGUGCUAAUCUUGUGUGAAGACUCAGGGUCUGUGCCUGCAGACUAUCCCCCUCCCUCUUAUCCUGACAAACUGACGGAAAAAAAUAUUCAGGUCAUGGGUCAACAAUUUUAGCUAGUAAUGUCCCUCUCACCUUAAAGGAUCUGUACGAGAUGAAAUUAUUCUGCCAUUUCCUAUCGAUUAUAUGUAAUAUAGUUAUACUGUAUUCUGAAAAAUGUAUCUUUGAUCAUCGGAUUCCUGGCAAAAAAUUAUUAAAAAACUUUCCCAAUAGUUUUUUAUUUUACUAGCAAAAAUUUGCUGCAUUGUAUUAGUUUAGCCCCCCCCCCCGGUAUUUUUUCUCCUGUCAAAUACUGUAUGGGGUGUUAUUAACUUAUGAAAGAUUUUGAUCACCGAGUCUGACUUCAUUUCACUGUCGGGUUUGAACUUUGAUUUAUAACCUGUUGUAAGUUGAUAUAUUUGCUGAAUUGUUGUGAAUGCAAGAACAAGGCAUAUAUUUAGCCCCCCUCCCAAUAUUCUCAGUAUUACAUGUACAUGUACAGCAUAAACAAAAUACAAGUGCAUGUAGUAUAAAACUUGCCUUUGCUUCACAAGGCAUAAUGAGCCAUAUCCCAUGAGCACAUAGAAUUCUCGAAGUCAUAGUUGGCCCAAACCAAGGCAAGGCUCAUUCUUCACAUCCAGUGCCGGUCUCCAGUUCCCAGUGGGACGUGUUCACCAAUUCCUUCACAAGGGCAGCUAGGCCAAGUCCUUAUUCCAGUCUAAUGAAAAUGCUCGUUUUGGAUCAUAUUCAGUGUUUCAAAAUGUAAUAGUGAAGACUCUCUUUGCCUUGGGAUGGUUUCUAGAAUGUUGAUGUAUCCUCGGUGGAUAAAUGUGGAAUAUGUAAUAAAUACAUUGAAAAUGA